GAACCUCGGCCUCUUUUCUUCAUUCACAACGCCCUCUCCCAGAGCAAUUGCCUUCCUCUUGAGGCUUCGAAGAUACCCCCCACCAACCCAAAUUCGUACAAGACGCUUACUCUAAACGUGCCGUCUCACGGCUAGAAACUUGGCGCGAUUUACUUCGUAAACACCAUCACCAAGAUCCCGCACACACAACCAGAAUGCCGUCCACCGAGUCCAUCCUCCAGGGCGUCAACGUCCUGGGUACCGUCACGGACGCCCAGCGGAAGAUCCUGACUCCCGACGCCCUCGCUUUUCUUGCCCUGCUGCACCGCUCCUUCAAUGCCACCCGCAAGUCUCUACUCGAACGCCGCAAGGUCCGCCAGGCCGAGCUGGACCGCGGCAUCCUUCCCGACUUCCUCCCCGAGACCAAGCACAUCAGGGAGAACUCGACGUGGAAGGGUGCCCCGCCCGCCCCGGGCCUGGUCGACCGCAGGGUCGAGAUCACCGGCCCGACCGACCGGAAGAUGGUCGUCAAUGCCCUGAACUCGGACGUCUGGACUUAUAUGGCUGACUUUGAGGACUCGAGCGCCCCGACGUGGGAGAACAUGGUUAGCGGCCAGGUCAACCUCUAUGAUGCCAACCGUCGCCAGGUCGACUUCAAGCAAGGGCCCAAGGAGUACAAGCUACGUACCGACCGGACGCUGCCUACCCUGAUCGUCCGCCCCCGCGGCUGGCACCUGGAGGAGAAGCACGUCACCGUCGACGGCGAGCCCAUUUCUGGCUCCCUCUUCGACUUUGGCCUGUACUUCUACCACAACGCCCACCAGACGCUCAAGAUCGGCAUUGGCCCAUACUUCUACCUCCCCAAGAUGGAGUCCCAUCUCGAGGCUCGCUUGUGGAACGACGUCUUCAACCUCGCCCAGGACUACGUCGGCCUGCCACGCGGCACCAUCCGUGGCACCGUCCUGAUCGAGACCAUCCUGGCCGCCUUUGAGAUGGACGAGAUCAUCUACGAGCUGAGAGACCACAGCUCCGGUCUCAACUGCGGUCGCUGGGACUACAUCUUCAGCACCAUUAAGAAGUUCAGGAACAACUCCAACUUCGUCCUGCCGGACCGCAGCGCCGUGACUAUGACGGUACCCUUUAUGGACGCCUACGUCAAGCUCCUCAUCCAGACCUGCCACAAGAGAGGCGUUCACGCCAUGGGCGGUAUGGCUGCCCAGAUUCCCAUCAAGGACGAUAAGGCCGCCAACGACAAGGCCAUGGAGGGCGUUCGCGCCGACAAGCUACGCGAAGUGCGCGCCGGCCACGAUGGAACCUGGGUCGCCCACCCCGCCCUGGCGGCCAUCGCCUCCGAAGUCUUCAACAAGAACAUGCCGACGCCCAACCAGCUGUUCGUCCGCCGCGAGGACGUCAGGAUCGGCCAAAACGACCUGCUCAACAUGAACGUCCCCGGCAAGAUCACCGAGGAGGGCAUCAAGAAGAACCUCAACAUCGGUCUCGGCUACAUGGAGGCCUGGAUCCGCGGCGUCGGUUGCGUCCCCAUUAACUACCUCAUGGAGGAUGCCGCCACCGCCGAGGUCUCUCGCUCUCAGCUCUGGCAAUGGGUGAAGCACGGCGUGUCCACGGCCGAGGGCAAGAAGGUCGACAAGGCCUACGCCCUCAAGCUCCUCAAGGAGUCAGCCGACGAGCUGUCCAGCAAGGCGCCCAAGGGCAAUAAAUUCCACCUUGCCGCGCAGUACUUUGCCGGCCAGGUCACCGGGGAGGACUACGCCGAUUUCCUGACCACUCUGCUGUACAACGAGAUCACCACCGUCGGCAACGCACGCCCCGCUGCCAAGUUGUAAGCUGUUGGACGAGGAGAAGGAGGAGAAGCAGGAGCUAGUCAACAAGUUUUAGCUUAGGGGAAUAACGAGACUCCACGCUUGCAAUAUGCGAUGCGUGUUGGAACGUCUGGUCCACAAAUCACAACCCAUCCACUGGGGUUGGUUCAGGAAAGGGGGAUCAAGUUCGGGAAUGAGUCGAGAAUGUAUGUUUCACCGAUGGAUGGGUCUCGGGGGAAGAGUGGGA